UGUGUCUCUCUCAUACUAGGCCCAGCCCCUUUACUAUCACAUUGCCUCUUGUCAUUCAUGGAUCUCCGCCUGGUAGUGUGGUAGCAUGUGCCCAAUUGUAAAGUGUACAUAUUGUUACAAAGGAUAUACAUAGGUAUUUAUGCCCAGAGUUGGCAAGCAAAAGAAGAGGGUAGUAGAAAAAAACUUCUUUUUUUUUUUUGCUCUUUGGUUAGACAUUGAUUUGCUGACCAUUAUAUGAUGUGAACAUGUGCUGCAAAGGAUUAUUUCUUUGGGAUUGAUCAGGUGGAAAAAAAUUUCUUUUAUGACAUAUUUUGAUUGGAAAUAUUACAAAGAGUUGUUGAUUGGGAACAAGGAGCUAGAGAAGGUUCAGCGAGAGUUUACAGUGGUGGUUAUUAAAAUAAAAAAUAUCUAAACACCGGAUUUGGGACUUUGACACACAUUUCUAAGUCCUGACAGAUUUUUCCUUCUGGGGAGAGAGAGAAAAAAAAUAUCUUUUUUUUCUGCAGAAACCUUUAAGUGAUUUUGUGUGCAUGCAUACUAAGACCGCCAGUUAGAAGAAGUGAUUUUUUUUUAAAUGGGAUUUUACUGAAUAUAUUCUGGGAUAUAUUACACCAUCUGAUUUUGGAAGAGGUCGUGUAGAAAGUCGAAACUGGCGACAAUAUGACAGAAGCUGAUCACUGACUAUGGCGGAAUUUACCAUUCUCCUGUUCUUAUUCCUUGCUGUCCAGUUCAUUUGUGAAGGUGCCUCACCAACUGACCAAGAUGCCUAUCCGCAAAUUCUGGAACACCCACAAAAUGGUUAUCUAGCUAGAGACAACCCUGCAACCCUGAGUUGCCAAGCAGAUGGCAAUCCCAAGCCCACCAUAACAUGGUACCACAAUGGAAGAAAGGUGAAGACCAUGGACGAGGACCCUUACUCCCAGAAGAUGCUGAUUGAGGGAGGGAAACUUUUCUUCCUGAGGGUGAUUCACCAGAAGGACAAGUCAGAUGCUGGGGUCUACUACUGCAAUGCCACCAACAUACUAGGAAGUGCCAUCUCCAGAAAUGCAACAUUAAAAAUAGCAGUUUUGAGAGACGAUUUCCUACAUUCUCCAUCCAACACGAAUGCUUCCAUCGGCGGCAAGGCCAAGUUCAGCUGUAGGCCUCCUAGGGGCGAACCAACACCCAAGGUCCUGUGGAUGAAGGGCCGAAAGUUUCUGACGCAGAGCAACCGAAUUCAGAUAUCUGACAAUGGCGACCUGAUCAUUUCUCAGGUCACGCUGAACGAUGCAGACAAAUACAAAUGUGUCGCCACAAACACCGCAGGCGAAAGAGAGAGUGCUCCUGCAACACUGACAGUUCUGGAAAAACCCAGUUUCCGUAAAGCCCCAAUUGACCAAAUCACCAUGGAAGGAAAAGCAGUCCAUUUUCCGUGUGAGGUGGUAGGGGACACGCCCAUUUCUGUGGAGUGGAGGAAAGAGAAUGUGAAUCUGCAGUAUGGGAGAAUCAGGGUGCUGAAGGACAAUACACUGAGGAUAGAAAAGGUUGAGGCAGAGGAUGCAGGGUUAUAUAUCUGCAUGGCACGUAAUUCUGUGGGGACAGCAGAGGCCGUGGCCAGACUAACUGUUCAAUUUAAGCCGGCUUUUAACGUCAAACCUCACGACCAAGUGGUGGGAGUUCGUCGUACUGUGACCAUGCACUGCUCCGUCAUCGGUAUCCCACAACCCACCAUCAUUUGGAGCAAAACUUCCAGCAAGCCCUCAGGGGAAAAGACCCUGUUAUUUCAAAACACUGCCUCAGGGAGAUUUUCUGUGGGCUCGGAUGGGACGUUGAGAAUUGAGCGAGUUCAGCUUGGUGAUGCUGGUCAAUACGAGUGUGAGGCUAUCAACGGACUGGGGUCAGCCAAGGCUCUGUCAAGGCUAGAUGUUAAAGACACUCACCCCCUUCUGUUUUCAGUAAAUGAUACUCGCCCACCCCCAAUUAUCAGAAUUGGCCCACAGAGCCAGAACCUGCCCACGGGAGAGGUAGGGUUCCUCCAUUGUGAGGCAUAUGGAGAUCCCAAACCCCAGAUUUGGUGGCUGAAGGACAACCGACCGAUUACGGAAAAUUCUAGAAUCAUUUCUCUGAGCUCUGGAACCCUGCAAAUAUCAGAUCUUCAUGAAUCAGACUCUGGGAACUACACUUGUAAGGCAUCAAGUGAAACUGGAGAAACAUCACAGUCAGCGACAUUACUGGUUUUUAUAAAGUCCAACAAAAAUGUGACUUUCCACCGGACACAGGAUGUUAAGACAUUUCCUGGGCCUCCUUCUAAGCCCACUGUAGUAGAGGUCCUGACCCAUUCCAUCAAGUUGUCAUGGCAACCAAACAACAACCAUGGAGACUCGCCCGUUUUUGCUUACAUUGUAGAAUAUUUCAGUCAUGCAACAUCAGAGGGCUGGGUCGUUGCCUCGGACUCUGUUCCUCCCACCAACACCCCCGGUCAGCCUACAACUUACACGGUGACCAACCUGAAACCAGACACCACCUAUGUGUUCCAGGUGCGAGCCAGAAAUUCCCACGGGAUCGGGGUACCCAGCGAACUAUCUGAUCCCAUAAACACUAGAUUUAACACAGACAGUUCUCAUCAAACCAAGCUGACAAGGGAACAGAUUCAGCAGAGUCUGCAGGGAAUCGUGGUGGAACUUACCGCAGUAGAGCCACAGCCUGCCGCUGUGGAGGUCAGGUGGAAGGUUCACAAAAUGAUGGAAAUUAUUGACAAAUUUGUGAUCGAGUACAGAGAGAUCUGGGACCUCAAAACGGGUCAGACAGGACGCAUGCACUCAGUGACCGUCAGUCGCACUGCCCUAUCCUUCACCAUACAGAAUCUCAAGAGUGACCAAUGGUACAGCAUAUGUAUCAAGGCAUAUAGCCAAGAUAUACCAACACAGUGUAGUCAGCCCAUGAAAGUCCAGCCCACAGAAUUAACCAGACAAGUCAAAUUCCCCUCCCAGCAUCUCAGUGCCCCCUCCCAUGUGGUCAUCCACAAAACCACAGACACCAGCAUCUCCGUGCAGUGGCUACCACCUGAUGACGCCGCACGCAGUGGAAUCAAGUCUUAUGAGAUAUUCUGCUUGAGUAAUGACAACAAGCACAACUGCAGCAGAAGUCUACCUGCCAAUCGCACCAGCUACAUGCUGGAGAAUCUGAAAGAGGAUCAGACAUACACUGUGAAGAUAGCUGCCAGAACCAAUUCUGGGCUGGGAUUCUGGAGCAAGGAAUAUGUCAUCGGGCCAGAGAAAGAGAACUUGAUGAAGCAGCCCUGGUUUAUAGGACUUCUGAUCAGCAUUAUCGGUGUCACCCUGUGGUUCGCGCUCUGUAUCUUUGUGGUGUGGCUCUGUAAGAAGAGGAAAGCCAUGAAAAAGCAGAAGAUGCAGGAAAUGUAUAGUGUACCCAACUAUUCAAAAUCUGAUGACAGCAAUCGAAACAGCUUUAAUUAUUAUGCUAAAUAUGGAUACAGCCAAAAAGAUGUGCAGAAUCGCGCAGGAGGUAUGACCCAGAUGGCACCCGAGUUUGCCCAGCUUUUAGAGACCAAGGACAUGGAGAUGCAACAACAACAACAUGGUCAGGGCCCCAGUGUGUACAAUGUCCCCCAGAUGAAGACAUUCUACCAAAAGAAGGACCCAGUGGCUCCCUACGCAACCACCACUCUGAUCAACACCAGCGGUAACGCGGUGGGCGGUGGGGGACACUCCCUCCAGGACCACAUGUUUCGUCCCAUCACCCAGCACAGUCAGCAGAGCGGGUCGGGGGACUCGGGGUGCUGUAAACAUGAGUGUAGCGGCGACUCCAACACAAGCCACUCAAACACUGGAGUGCCAGUGGAUCAUGCUGAUGCCAUGCAAAGUCCAACCAGUGAUAGUGGAAGCCAUACCACAGAUGAAAACGGUUUUUUGUUGAAGAAAGGAAAGAAGCCCCUGAAACAAAUUACCCAGCCUAAACAGGCCAUGGUCAAUUGGGCCGAGUUCCUUCCUCCCCCACCCGAACACCCUCCCCCACCCAGCGAAAUGAACAUGUCUCAACAUUCAUCUGGAAACUCCUCCACAUCUCAGCAGUAUGCCGAGAUCAACUGCCUGAACCGCGAAAUGGGGGCCCGGAGCCCCAUGUCCCCCAUGUCAAAGAUUUCCUCCUGUUCCUGUCCUGUCCCCCACAAUGCCACCCCAGUGUCGGGGUGGAACAUGCCAGCAUACUCUGAUACUGGCUGUGUAAGGUGUUGUUCCCCAAAGUACUUUGAAAAUGUGCACUACCCACCUAAUCAGUAUAAUGUGGUUCAAAGGACUCAGUCUCCGCGAGGACCAGAAUGGAAUAACUGUCCUCGAGGACAUGACACCUGGGGUCAGAGGACAAUCGCAUGCAUGAACCCUACCCGGGGCACGCCCACAGAGUUUAAGUGUCGAACAUGUCACAGUGAUCAGGAACAGGGCGGUCCCAUGCCCCAACUCCAGAAUUAUAAGAUCGUUCCUCCCCAUUGUGAAAAUGACUAUCAAUUCUUACAUGAAUCGGAGCAAGGACCCCCUGGGGCCUACAACAUGCCCCCCAAUUUUCCUGGACACUGUAAUGUGCAUGGCGGGGAUGGGGGACCGUGUGGGGAUCAUACCUGUCAGUCCGACAUGAAUGAGCCCUGCUCCCCCGUCUAUCAUAAUAACAAGAUGGAUGUUCACCCAAUGAACAUAGGAGUGGAUGGUUACCAUAGAAACGCAGACUCACCCGUCUCCGACAAUGGUCCAGAUUACGCUGGUGAGUCCACUGAGUUGGAGACAGAGGAUGAGAACUCUCCGAAAAAGGAGGGAGAAAAUGAAGAGCAUGAUGAUGGCGGUAACAUGUCAGGCGUGGAGACAUGGCCUAGUUACACUGACCAGUGCAACACGGAGGACAGUAGCGAGCAUUCCAGUUUUCAUAGCGACAGUGAUGAAGCAUUCCUUAACGAAGCCGACUUUGCCAGCACUGUUGCCAAGGCAGCAGAGAUGUCUGGGCUAACGGUGGUCGGAUCAACUGUCUCCGAUCCCAAUGCCGACAAGCAAGUGGUGAGGAAACAGCGGCGACACCACCGUGCUCGCCCCACCAGUCCUUACAGCACCGACAGCAACUUCAGCGAGGUUGUGCGCAAACCAUAUCCAAAGUCACAACGAAAGAAGCAACUUAUGGACCAAGGAAAGUGGCCCAAUAGGAAAGAUUCUCCCACGGGAUCGACCAUCCAACAGAACCAGUCAAAAUAUUCUCAACACGAUAGUCAUGUACCCUCAUACAACAAACCUAAUUUCCCAAAUGCUGUCCCACAAAAAGCAUGCCGACCCAAAUUCCAACCUCCGCCCUCUGUCUUAAAAUCAGAGGAUUCUAAAGACGAGGGGCAAGAUAGUGGAAUAAACGUAGAGCCCACUUCUAAAGAGGGACUGCCAGGAACACUGAAAGUUUGAGAAUAGCCAGCCCUUAAAUCUCUGCCUGUGCCAUUGUACUUACCCAUAAUUCCAAAGAGAAGCCUGCUCAUCCAUUCUGUAGUCCCGUGUGUUGGCUGUUGUUACAUAAAGGAGUGCUUUUAGUGCCAUAAUCUGCUGAAACAUAGCUUAAUUGUGCAUUAUUUGCCAACCCUUGUGACUUCUUUCUGGCUGGCGUAAUGGACAUCAGGAGCAAAGAUAGUGAUGCUGAAGUGACUUAGUAGAUUGACUUUAUCUACUAUGGAAAGAUUCCAGUAGACAUUGCUUUUAUGACUUGUGGUCUGGUGUAGAAAUUGGAUGACAAUCAAAUAUCCUGUGCUGUUUUUGUGGAUAAUUUGGACUAUGGAACAUUAAUGGAUGUUUUUACUGAAGAUGACUGCACAGAUCUUAAUCAACUCGGUGCUUGUAUGAAAAAGCAAUAUGUUUUUCGUCAGAACUGCUGCUGAAGCAGACUUAUAUCCAAAACAUUGUGAUGGUGUUCUGUUCUUUAGGAAAUCCAUGAUCAUAAACUGGCAAUAUUUAGAUGUGUAUAUAAUAUAUAUGUGUGUUUUCUUCCACCAUUAUUGCCAAUGUGUUCAAACUUUUAUCUGACAUAUGUCUGUUGCUGUUGGUAACUGAAGUCAUGUGACAAGUGAGCUGUAUAUUUCUAAAGGUGUCGUACGUCUGCCUCCAAAGGACGAUGUGCUUGUCUUUGAUGAACAUCUCUCAUCUGCUAGAAAAAAACUGAAACCCAAAGGCAUCUUCCUCCAUAUUGCUAAAACAUGAACAAAACUGAUGUAGAAUAUUCAAUAUAUAGUACAAGAUAUAUACUGUAUUGCAUACAAAACCACCAAUGGUAAACCAAAAAUAUCUGCUAUGUACAUGAAUUGAUAUUUUACACAAAUUGCUUUGUAUUUUUAUUGCUUAAAAACCAAUGAUACUUCAUUGCAUGUUUUUGGUUUUCUUUUAAUUAUUUAAUUCAUGUAGCAGUCAGAUAAAUGCUGAUGGAUGUGAAAAUCUGUAUGAUUCACUCUCGACUGACUGUCCAGAAUAUGUACAUGCAUGUAUUUAUAUUAUAUGUUAUGAUGAGUGAAUGAAAUGGGAUUGAGAGAAUUAUAAUUAAAAGCUGUGAUUAGUAUGUAGGCUUUGUAAGAAAGUGUGCAUAUUUGAGAGAGAGAGAGAGAGAGAGAGAGAGAGAGAGAGAGAGAGAGAGAGAGAGAGAGAGAGAGAGAGAGAAGAACCCACAUCCUUUAUAUGCAUAAUUUUCUGUUCUUGUGAUAUUCUCUUUUGUUUAUUUCUUUAACCGAAUUUUCUUUAUUUUCUUAAGAUGCUUAUACCUGUAUAUCAAUCACAGAAUAUUCCAUAUAUAGGAAGUUUAAACACCCUCAUUUAAUUAAUGUUUUUGGUUAACCGAUUGCAAUAAAAUUUUGUUAUAUCUUGGUCAGUUGUUUCGGGUGUAACUGUGGAGAAGUUUUGACUGUAAAUAGUUAUAAAUCCUGUAAAAGUAUACAGGGAUUGGAUAGGAAAUCCAGAUACCUUCCUGAUCUUGAUAUUCUAGUCUAUGUGUGUGCAUCAGCAUAAUGUUUUAUAUGUUGUCUGUGUCAUUGCUAUUUUGUAGAGAGAAUUUGUGAGAGUUGUCUUUCCUUGCCUGUGCAAUAACAGCGCUUGUUGAGUUAACACAUUGAAAGAAAGAAUGGUGGGAUGGGGUGGGGGAGGGGGUGGUUGGGGGCUACUCCAGUGUGCUAAAUUAACAUUAGAUUAACAUUUUAUCAAAAGUUGUAUUAUUAAAAAACUUGUCAUUUUCUGAAAUAUCCAGUAUGUGUUAUUUAAACUGCAUCCUUAUGAUCACAUUGUUGAAUUAUCAAUUUUGUUUAAUAUAUUUACAAAUAUAUUUGCUGCACCGUUGGGGAUGUACACACAUUAAGCACAGGAAAGCAGUGUCAUGUGAUAUUUUGUGAAAUCCUAUCAGUAUGUAAAUACCUUCAAUCAUGAAUGUUUUCAUCAUGCAAUAAAUCAUGAAAUACUGAAA